UAAUUGUUGCUUUUUCGUAAUGUACCGUUUGUAAAUAUUGUUACUUGUCCCACCAAAGUAAGAUUUUUGUUACUGUUUGUGAGAAUUUUAAUUUUAUGUGAUAAAAAAGCCCCCAACGAUCCUAGAUUGUUCGUUUUAUCAUUAUUUAAAUUGUUUCGUUUGUAGUAUCUAGUCAUAACCUUAUGGUUUCACGUGGACUUAGAAUAAUUUGAAAUGGACGAUUUGUACAGUAGCGAAGAUUCCGGUGAUGAGAGACACAGUAAAAGAUCUUCUCCUGAAGGAAGUGGGCAGUCUGAUGGUAGUGGUCAAAGUGAUCAAGAAUCUGACAAUGAACAGAGUGCACAGUCAGAGCAAAGUAGGGAUGGAUCAGAAAGAGAUAGUGGUUCCGAGAGAGGAGGAGGCGGUCAAUCUUCUCCUGAGCAUUCUCAGAAUGAAUCAGAUGCAGGAUCACCUCAGCAGCAGUCAGAUGCCGAGUCUGAAGCUCAGCAAUCUGAAGCUGAAGCAGAGCAGUCAGAAGGUGAAAUGCAGCAGUCUGAUGCAGAACAACAAUCAGAUGCUGAGGAACAGCAACAGUCAGAAGAAGAGCAACAAUCUGAUGCUGAACAAUCAGAUGUUGAAGCUCAACAAUCUGAUGCUGAAGGACAGCAAUCAGAUGCUGAAGCUCAACAGUCUGAUGUAGAAGGACAGCAAUCUGAUGCUGAAGGUCAAGAAUCUGACGCUGAAGGUCAACAGUCUGAUGCUGAAGCUCAGCAAUCAGAAAAUGAAAUACAGCAAUCUGAUGCUGAAGCUGAGCAAUCAGAUGCAGAGGAGGAAGGACAGCAAUCAGAGGCUGAAGUGCAAGGAUCAGAUGCAGAAGCACAGGAAUCUGGAGAAGAAUCUGGAGGACAACAGUCAGAUGCAGAAUCAGCUGCUGAACAGUCAGAUGCUGAAUCAGAAGCCCAGCAGUCAGAUGCUGAAUCUGAAGCUCAGCAAUCCGAUAAUGAGUCUGUAAAGCAGCAGUCUGGUGAAGAUGAUGAUGAUCGAAAUGUAUCUGAUGCAGAAGCAGAAGAACCUGAUGCACGAUCUGAGAGAGUUGCUUCUGGAAGUGAAAGAUAUUCGCCCAGAAGUAGUUCUCCUGCUAGUGCUCAAGCUAAUUCAGAAGUUGAACAAUCUGAUGAAGAAACUGAAAGGAAGGCUGCUGAAGACUCUGAUAAAGAAAGUCAUCAAUCUGAUGAUGCACAGUCUGAAGCAGAGCGUCAGGAUUCAGAUGCUGCUUCAGAUAAUGAGCAAUCUGAUCAAGAAAAUAAGUCAGUUAAAAGUGAUGAUGGCAGUCCUAAAAGAAAAAGGAAAAUUUUAAGUAGUGAUGAACAUUCUGACAGAGACUCGGAUGAUGAUAAGAAAAGUAAAGCUUCUGUAAAAUCUGGAUCUGAAGCAGAUAAUUCUGAAGAUGAAAGACCCCGGAAAAAAUUGAAAGUUAAACGAAAGACUUUGGAUUCUGAUGAUGAAGAUCAAAAGAUGAGUGGUCAGGAAGAUAUGUCUGGUGAUGAAUCUGCUGCUACUUCUAAAAGAAAGAGGAAAAUGAGUAGUGAUGAUCAAGAUGAGUCAGGGCAAGAAUCUGAUGAUGAUAGGAAGAAAAAGAAGAGAGCCACAAUCGAUGAUUCGGACCAAGGCUCAGAUGUAGAAAACAAAAGUGCACGAGCUUCAGACGAUGAUGGAGAAAAGGGUGAAGAUGAUGAAGAUGGAUCACCAAAAGCUACUGCUACAGAUCUUUUUGGUGAGGACUUAGAUAUCAGUUCCGAUGAAGAAGGUAAAGAAAGAGCUGCUGCUGCUGCUAUGAAUGGUGAAAUGGACGGAUUUUCACAGGACCAAGAAGAGCAAGAAGAACCAGUGCCAGAAACAAGAAUUGAAUUAGAAAUUCCAAGAAUUUGUGCCAAUCUAGGAAAAGAGGUCCAUUUUGUGAAAUUACCUAAUUUUUUAAGUGUUGAUACAAGACCAUAUGAUCCAUCUUGGUAUGAAGAUGAAAUUGAUGAGGAUGAAGUUUUAGACGAAGAAGGACGCGCACGCUUGAAACUGAAAGUUGAAAACACGAUCCGGUGGCGUAAGGUUUAUGAUGAUGAUGGCAAUGAGCAAAGAGAAAGUAAUGCUAGAGUCAUUAAGUGGUCUGAUGGCAGCUUGUCAUUGCAUUUAGGGUCUGAAAUAUUUGACAUUUAUCGACAGAACUUAAUGCCUGGGGACCAUAAUCAUAUAUUUAUUCGUCAAGGUACUGGUUUACAAGGCCAAGCUGUAUUUCGCACAAAACUUACAUUCAGACCUCAUUCCACUGACAGUUUCACUCAUCGUAAGAUGACUCUAUCAUUAGCUGACAGAAACCAAAAAACACAGAAAAUCAGAGUUUUGCAUAAUGUUGGUAAAGAUCCAGAAGCUCAUCGUUGGGAAAUGAUAAAACAAGAAGAAGAUAGAUUGAAAGCUUCCAUUCGUAGAGAAAGCAAGCAGAGAAGAAUAAAAGAGAAACCAAUUUCUAGAGGAAUAAAUUCUUCUUACCUUGAACAUGAUCGAGAUGAUGAUGACGAUGAUGGAGCAAUUUCAUUGUCAGCCAUCAAAAAUAAAUACAAAAAAGGAGGAGCUACUACUUCCAAAGGAAUAUACUCAUCUGAUGAAGCUUCAGACGAUGAGGGCAAAGAAAAAACAGAACAAACUCAGGAAGCUGAGGGAGAUGACGACGAUAGCGAUCUGGAUUAUUUUGAUCGUAAAAAAGCGGAAAAGAAAACUUUCGUAGUCGAAGAAAGCGAUGAAGAUUAAUGUGUAUUUUAUUGUGUAAUAUAACUUUACAUUUGUAUAUAAAAUAUUAAAUAAAUUCAUUUUCACAUGU